UCUGGCCACCAGCUGUCUCAGGCACUCCUGGUAGCUGCUCGUCUGUCAGAUGGGGCUGCGGAGGACCCAGCAGGCGGCUGUAUAGUGUCUGGGGUCACCAGCACCUACCGACGGCUCCCGGACGCUGCUCACAGGUGUUCAUUGGACUCUGGGACAGAAGAUGGCGAGCUGAGAUGUCUCGAGAGGCAGGUGCCGCUUCUCAAACUGGCCUCCCGGGACUCAGGAGUGGAGAUGGCAGUUGGGGAUAGCCCCCUGGUCACCUCACCGGGCCUUUCUCAGGACUUUCUGGACUUUGAGCCCAUGGGGAACCCUGGGACCCGGGGCCACCUGGGCCAGCUCCUGGCCAGCCACAAGCUGGAGCAGGUGCUGGAGAGGUCCCACCGGCUCCCAACUUCCCCGACCAUCUUGUCAAGACAGCACCACUCCCUGCAGCCACCAAGCAAGCCUGAGUGUGGAAUGUCCCCUUUUGGAGCAGGGCAACAGAAGUUCACUGAGGCAGAAACUGACCUAGAGGCAGGCCUGGAAAAAGAGGCGGUGAGGGACUUGGGGUCUGGAGCCUGGGCCUGCCUCCCAGGGCAGGGUCUUCGCUACCUGGAACACCUGUGCCUGGUGCUGGAGCAGAUGGCGAGGCUCCAGCAGCUCUGCCUGCAGCUGCAGGCCCAAAGGCCCCCUGCAGGUCCUGAAGAGGAGGAGUUGGCCCUGGCCCCUUUACCUUCACCUUCUCACACCCUAGGUGGGGGGGUGCAGGGGCCAGGGGAGCUGCUCAGCCAGACAGAGGAGACAGUGGUGAAGGCAGCUUCACUCUCAAAGGCGGGGAUGCCUAGUGCCAAUCUUCCCAGGCUGCCAGAGGCCCUAGUGGAGCCAACCUACAACUUUCCAUCCUGCCAGGGACACAAGGAUCUGUCCCACUGGGACAGAGUCAAGGUCCUGCUGAACCGGAUCCGCUGGAGGAGCCCUCGACAUCCUGGGCCCCCUGCCCCUCCUGAUGGUUGUGGCCCCAGGAUUGAGUCCAGGGACCUCCCUGAAAGGCCUCAGGGCCAUCCCCACCGGAAAACCUUUAUGCCAUCAUUAGUGGUUCGGAAGCAACGCAAAAAACCUUUCUGUAUGCUGAGCCCUCCUGGUGCACCUGGUGACCCUGGCUGGAGGGGAUUCACCAUGAAGUCUUCCUCACCCUUUGCCCUGUUGCUACUUCUCUGCACUGCCAGGAAAAGCUGCUGAUGCUCACCCUUCUCUCUGAGGCGAGGGCUGAGUCUUUCUCCUCCAAGCAGCCUGGCAGAAGAGCCCUGGUUCCGAGAGUCCUCAAGGUGCAGCAGCUCCAGGGCUCCAUCUCCUUGCCAGAAAUCCCUGAGCUUAGACAAUGUGAAUUUACUUAUUUAUCAGGCGUCCACAGAGUGUGUUUGGUACAGUGAUCCGUCUGGGCCCAGCAUGUUUCAGAUGUGUAUUUAUACACAAUGAUAUAAAUAUAUAUCUCUGUGGGACUGCCAAUGUUGCAAACUGACCGGAUCCAACCAUCUCUCCUGGAAUCAUGUGUCCAAAGGGUUGGUCUUUCAGGUGAGGUAACUGCAGAAGGAUGAAACUGAUCUCCAUUCUACAGUGGGCAGUUACUGAUCCCGAUUCCUGCUUUCCUCCUCAUACUUGCAUUGACAGCCCUGGGUCAGAGAAUGGUGUUGUCUUGGUCGCCACUGCAUGGAAUCUUGCCUCUGGAUCACAGCCCUUGAAGAAUGGACAGGAAUGGGGAGGAUCGGGGACAAAAUGGGGAACAGCUGAAAAACCUACAAGGUCAAUUCUCAUCUGCAGUGCUCUAUACUAGCUUUUACAUGUCAGCACCAUGCUCAGCCAGUGAGCCAACCAGCCAUCCCUAUAUAGGAUCCGAACCCGUGGCCUUGGUGUUAUCAGCACCGCACUCUCCCAAGUGAGCCACAAGCCGGCCCUAGCUUUUACAUGUCAAAGCUGAAACCAGAAGCCCAUGCUAGCUUUUAGACCUUGACAAAGCCUCUUAACUCUUCUGAGCCACAGCUUCCCACUUGGGAUAAUGAUGCCUGCCCUACCUACCUCACAGACUUGUUAUGAGGAUAAAGUGAGAUUAAAUUGUCUCAAAGUU